AUGCACAAGAAGCACGACGAGCAGCAGGCAGAAGGUCGAGAGGCCUCGCAUGGAAGGGGCGGUGCUUCUACAGUUCUACGGGCAAACCAUUCCUGGCUGCUGAGUGCCUCUUACGCUGUCCCAUGUCAGGCCUGCUCUUCUCUAGCUUUAUCUUGGGGCCAACAAAGACCCAAAUUAUAUACCGAGAUUUGCAAUACAAAAAAUCUGUCAGAUUUGCAAUACCCGUUUGCAAUAGCACAGAGAUCCAAAACCCAACAACAGUCAACCACUUCGUUCGCACAGGCUCCACACUGCCUCGCUCUGCACGCCGUACCUCCUCGUGGUGCCGCUGGGCCUCCUCGCUCUUCGGCUGCUGGCGCUCAAGAGCCUCAGCUCCUCCCACGCCCGUUCCCAGGGCCUCGGCCUCGGCAUGCUCUGAACGCGGCGCGGGCACCGACGGCGGCGGCUACUACUCCAUUGUGUCGGACGCCGACGAGGAGAAGGCCUCCGCCGUCCCCGACGCCGCCGCGGCUGCCGGAGCUCGGCCUGCUCGUGGUUGUGCUGACCGUGCCGAGCCGUCGGGAGCGGCGGGACAUCGUACGGACAGCGACCAAGCUGUGCUGCAGCCUGCGACCAAGCGCGCGCAUGACUUUCUCAACUAGCUGUGGUCGCUGGAGGAGAAGGACAUGGAGCGGCGAAAUCGGCGAGCGGGGGUCGCUGGCGGUGGCGGCGGAGAAGACCCGUGAAUCGAGGAGCGGGAUCGCGGGCACCGGCGGAGAAGGCAGGAAUCGGGCGGAGGCGUCGACGGACGCGAGCGGAGGGCACGAGGCGAGCGGCGGCUGGAGGUGA